GUCUUACAGCUAGUUAAUCUUGAGGCAGAGCUAGCGGGCGAUGUAACUGUAUAACUGCACACAGAAGCAGUAACCAUGCCAAAGAAGUCGCAGAGCAAAGCACCAGCCAAAAGAAAGACCGUCGACAAGAAAAAGGCCAAGCAGCCCAGGCAGGAGCGAACCGAGCCGGAGGAGCCCGAGCUCGUCCUCGCGCAGAGCGCCGAGGUCACGCACGAAAGCGGCGUCUUGGAUGAUGCCGCCGUCGUCGAGGCCCUCGGCCAGACGGAGGGCGAGGCGCUGGACGCGUUCGCGGCGACGACGUCCGCGCCGCUCGGCGCUGUUGCUGGUGCAGCUUUAGGGAACGCGCGCUGCCGCGUGUUGGAUUUGAGGCAAUGCCCGCUAAAUGACGCGGGCGACGCGGCAUUUAGGGAGGCCCUCUCCACCAAUAACACGAUCGUGGCAGUGCGGACGGCCGUGAACCUCGACGACGUCGCGGCGACGCGAUUGACGAAUGGGUUGCCUCCCUUAAUAGUCACGGACGAGGACUCCGAGGACGAUAGCGAAGACGAGGAGGAAGAGGGCGUCUACUGCGACGGCGCGAAGUGCGGCAAGCUAUUGGCGGGAGACGCGGAGGUCUUUACGGACGGCACGCGCGACUUCUGCGCCUCGUGCAAGGGUUCGAAGCGGGGCCUGCGGCGCGCGCUCGCGCGGGACCGCUUCGCGGACGCGGUCCUGGCGGACAUGAGUAGCUAAGUUAGUUUGCUUAGA